AUUGUUCUCUCACCAUGACAUCGAUCUCGAACCAACGCUCGUUGCUCAAUUGUAUCUCCAGUACCAUCCAACAAAAAGAUUUCAUGGCGUGUUCAAGUGCUACUGGUUGACAGUUGAGGAUUUGGACUGUGAGAGCAUUCGAACGGAUUGUAUCUUUCGACACCUGGAUUGCCGACAACUUCACCUCAUGCUGGUUUCAUCACAAGCCCCGUUCCAUGUUCCUCCAGCUCAAUCCUUCGAUGUUGGCAAAAACGAAUGACUACAGCCGAUGAUUAUAGCGACUCGUCAUGCCAAAAUCAUAAUCACACUCUCCUGCUGUAAUCCUUCAUUGUUGCUGGCGAUGCGAUAAAAAGAAAGAGGUUGAACUUCGACUCAACUGACUCAACUGACUGAGAACAGAUGCACCGUUGACCUCUGCGACGGCAUUCCUUUUCGUCAACUAUUUAAGGAGCAGGACGAAGUGUGAAUGAGCAUAGGGAGAGCGGAAAGCAAUGGUUAUCGAGAAGCAGAGUUUUGGUGUCGUUGGAAGUUUGACGAAGCCUUCGGAAAGAUCUGAAUGCAGUCCAAAGUUAUUGGAGGUCUCGUCGUGGUCGGCGAAAAUGCUCGCCUCAAACUGCAAGCGACAAACUGCAAGCGAAGAAACACAGAAGAUCUCUCGAUUCUCGUCCGGAUUAUCAGCAUCCUCGACUCUAGCUUACCGGUCCACUCAGAAACGUCACGGUUUCCUUCAACAACGCAGAAUACAUCAUUCUUUUCGGUGCAGAAGACGUAUCCUGGCUAGGGUUUUGAUGGUACUAAGGGCGGCAUGUAUAUCGGGGGCGCAGAACUGGACGGGAAACAGGACAGAGGAAAGGAGUGCUCCACGGCUAUGGGGCUUGGAAGGCUGUUUUCCUCCUCCGUUAUUGGAAGAUUUCUGGGUUCCCGUGUUACAUCUGACUCGAUUCCGGCUCACUAUUCAUGGUUCCACUCUUCACGACGCGUUAUCGCGAUUCGCGAUGUCUUAUAGUCAUUGCGGAUACCUUAGUCAUGAUUGUACAUCCCCAAAUCCCAUCCUCAUCAAAUCAAUAACACUCGCCGCUACCUACGAUGUCAUCCUCCACCUAUAUUAAUUACUAUGGGCGGCU